AUGGAUUUUUUGGAGUACAACCUUAUGGCUGAUGUGAGCUGGUAUUGGAGGAAGUUGGUGCAUCUGAGAUCCUUUUUGCCUAGAGGUACCUUGGAGGCUGCGGUUUCAGGUAGGAAACUUCAGCUGUAUAUGUUGUUGCUUCAGCAGAAUAAAGUGAGGUUUGCCAAUGUGGUUUGGUGCAGCUUCUCUAUUCUGAAACACAGAUUUGUUCUAUGGCAAUCUAUCCUUGGUCACCUUCUGACCCGAGACAAUCUUACUAUUCGACAGAUCCCUCUUGAUUCUCCCUUGUGCCCAGUUUGUGAGAUAGAUUUGGAAUCUCAUGCUCAUCUAUUUUUUGACUACUUGUACUCUCAGCAGGUUUUGAUUAAGGUUGCUGAUUGGUUGGGAAUGGCUAUUUGGCCUUCCAAAUUCUGUGAUUGGAUUGCUUGGAUGGAUGGGCGGCCUAAAGGUCUUACUCAACGAGUCUUGGCUGCUGUCCUUGCUGCUACUGUAUAUUUCAUUUGGCUGAAUCGUAACAAUUGUGUUUUUAAUUUCGCAGUUAUUUCUAGUAAUAGGAUUCUCUAUCUGAUUAAGACUAGUUUAAAGGUUAGAUUGCUGAGUUUUACUAGGCAGAAACUUGGAAUUCUUGGGAAGAACUUUCUUGAUUCUAUGGAUCAACUGUAA